GCUUGUCACAAAUUAUCAGGGACCGAUUUCAGUAACAAUACAUGUCAAUGAUGAUGAAGAAUCACGCGACAAACUUCUCAGUUCAUUACAUGUUUUGUAUGAUAGUAAUCCGUACAUGAAGAAAUUUGUUGAUGUUCAUCUUGUUGUAGAUAAAUUCGAGCGACAAUUUAACAUGUGGCGAAACGUUGCAAAAUUUUUUUCCCGUACGAACUAUGUCAUGAUGUUGGAUGUCGACUUUCAUCCAUGUACCAAUUUUCGAAAGACAAUUUUGGAGUCACCAGAGAUAAUGAGAAAAUUGCGAGCUGGAAACACAGCCCUGGUCGUUCCAGCGUUUGAAUAUGUUAAAUUAAAGGAGGGUCUAGAUUAUACAACGUUCCCAAAGAAAAAGAAAGACUUGUUGGAAUUGGUGAAUUCAAAAAGAAUAGACAUGUUUCACGCAUCCUGGAAACCUGGUCAUGGUUCAUCCAACUACUCUUUUUGGUAUCGAACCGAUAAAAUAUAUGAAGUUACCAAAUAUCACUAUCAAUACGAACCUUAUGUCAUCUUUCCCAAGGAUAGCGUAUGGUGCGAUGAAAGAUUUGUUGGCUAUGGUGCAAAUAAGGCAGCGUGCUUGUUUGAAUUAUAUCUUUCUGGAGUGGACUAUUGGGUGCUUCCUGAGGACUUUCUAAUUCAUCAAACACAUGAAUAUCUCGAACACGCAAGGAAACAUGAGCGAAGACUUAAUAGAAAAUUGUACGACAAUUUCCGGGAAGAGCUUUGCUUCCGGUAUUCUAAAAACUUUAUUUUAAAUGGAGAAUGGAAUACAUCAAAAGCUGAUAAUUUGAAAGAAACUUGUCACAAGAUUCGUGGAUUCUCACAAGCUAUUAAAUAUUUCGCGAGUUAA